GGUACACUUAAUCGUUAUCUCAUAUUCGCCUGCGGAAUAGAACAAACUUAGCCUAAAAAUGGAUAAAAAUUGUAUUUAAUUCAGCAUGCAUGUUCAUGGAGUUGCAAUGCAAAAUGGUGUAGCAUUUGUCAUUGAUCAUGGCAAGAACAAGCAGAUUUCAAAGUAUGGACUUGUGGAGAAUCGGUCCUGUUGGAAGAGAAGAUCAUUGUAAAGAAGGAUAUCUUUUUAGAUCAUACAAAAACCUCUACCAUAAUGGCGCUAAUGCAUCAAUCGAACUCAAAUUUACACAAGUUCCACCACAGCCUUUUCAGCUGAGAAAAUUCCUUGAACAGCAAGAGGCAAAUGCUAAUGACUACCUAAAAUAUACUAAUACUAUCCGGUCACAAGAAAAAAAAGAAAAUCAGAAUCUUAAGAGAACAAUUAUGAGCCUUGAGGGAAGAAUGAAAUGCCUUGAAGAAGUGUUUGGCUAUAGAAAUGAUGCAUUGAUUGAGAAAAAUGAACGAUUAGUUCGUGAACUGCAUGGACAGAAUGAUAGGUUAUAUCAUAUGGAACGCCAGCUACAUCAAACUGAGCAUAAAUGGCGCCAAUCAGAAGCUGAAAAGAAUGUAUGUAUGACGUUACAAGAUAAACAAAUUCAUUAUCAAGAAUGGGAGUUUAAAACUCUGCUGGAAAUAAUGAGAAGUACUGAAAUAAAUAAAAGAAAUGAAGACUACGAAGACACAUGGUUGCGCUACAAAUAUAACGGAUUUUCUUCCGAGAAAGAACGAAUGCAACACUGUAUGACGCAAUGGAGUGAUAAAGGGACUGCCUUUAAUAAAGGAAUCGCUUUACUUAAGGCAGAGAUAGAAUGUCUUGAUAAAAAAAUAAAAGAGCUAGAAAAGAUAUCUGAGAGUAAAGAGAUCGAAAUCAAUAAAAAACAAGAAGCAGAGGAAAAAAUGGAUAAAGCCGUGAGAUCUCUUAAAGAGAAGAAUCAUCUUCAUCAAGCAGAGGUUGAGCGCUGUUAUGAGAAAAUCAAACAUCUAGAGGAAAUGUUAGUUAGUAAAAGAACCGCUACAAAUGACGGAAAUGAACGGCAAGCUCACCGUGUGAUGAAACAAAAAGAUGAAGAAAUUCUAGACCUGAGACAUCAGCUGAAACAGACAUUGAUGACACUUGAAAGGAAAGAGUCUGAAAUUAAUGCAACCAUUGCUUUGUUAAAGAAAAAGACGCAGGAUCUUGAAAAUGAGGUUGAACACCGUGAUAUGACAAUUAAAGACCUAGGCUAUAAAAAGAAAGAAUCGUGUGAUAGAAAUGAGCUUUUGGAAAAUAAAGUUAAGGAAAAGGAUUGCCAGUUAUAUAAAGAGAGAGAUCAGCGACAGCAUGCUUUUAAAAACAUGCAAGAAAAAGAAGCUGAAAUGGAAGAAAUCAUCGCGUCGCUUAAGGGAAAAGUUAAGCUUCUUGAGAAGGAUAUAGAACAUCGUGAUUUAAAUAUCAAACAUCUAGAGGAAAUGUUAGUUGGUAAAAGAACCGCUACAAAUGACGGAAAUGAACGGCAAGCUCACCGUGUGAAGAAACAAAAAGAUGAAGAAAUUCUAGACCUGAGAGAUCAGCUGAAAAAGACAUUGAUGACAUUGGAAAGGAAAGAGUCUGAAAUGAAUAAAAUCAUUGCUUCGCUAAAGAAACAGACGCAAGAUCUUGAAAAUGAUAUUAAGCAUCGUGAUAUGACGAAUCAACAUCUUCAAGCAGAAGUUGAGCGCUGUAAUGAGAAAGUCAAAAAUCUGGAGGAAAUGUUAGAUAGUAAAAGAACCGCAACAAAUGACGGAGAUAAACGGCAAUCAAACACUGUGAUGAGGCAAAAAGAUGACCAAAUUUCUGACCUGAGACAUCAGCUGAAACAGACACUAGAUAGGAAAGAGUCCGAAAUGAAUGAAAUCAUAGCUUCACUAAAGAAAAAGACGCAGGAUCUUAAAAAUGAAGUCGAACAUCGUGAUAUGACGAUAAAAGACCUAGGCUACAAAAAGAAAGAAACGUGUGAUAAAAAUGAACUUUUGGAAAAGAAAGUUAAAGAAAAAGAUUGUCAGUUAUACAAAGAGAGAGAUCAACGGCAACGUGCUUUUGAAAAGAUGCAAGAAAAGGAAUCUGAAAUGGAAGGAAUCAUCGCGUCGCUAAAGACGAAGGGUAAGCUGUUGGAGGAGGAUAUUGAACAUCGUAAUUUGAAAAUUAAACAUCUAGAGGAAGGAUUAAACAGUAAAACGAUUGGCGUUCCUGUGACAAAAGAACCAAACAGAGAUGUUAUGGAAAUGGAAAGCAAGGUUAUCGAACUGACAGAUCAACUGGAUCAGUCUUUGACCAAACUGCAAGAAACAAAAAUUGAGCUUGAUGAAACAAAAACAAGGCUCAGUAAAGCUAUGGGAAACAUGCUGACAGAUAACAACCCGAAUAUUGCUGACCUUAGCGACAAGAAUCGUCCAACAAAACUCUCUGAAAGAUAUGCUGAACUAUAUGACAAUCAAUGGACUGAUGCAUUUGACAUUCUUGAAAAGCGAUUCCAUACAGAGGAAAAUGCAAUUGCAGCACUUCUACAUAUGUUGAAGGAUGCCAUGACUUUCUGCAGAAACAAAGCCCAUGAACAAAUGGAGGAAUUACGACGUGUACUAGCAUUAUCAAACGAUAAGGAAGAUGGAGGCAUAUCGGCUGAUCUAGGCAAGCUCGUAAAAGAUUGCCGGAAAGCAACGGCAUCUAUGGCCGUAGGAAAUUUGCAUAAGAUGUAUAUGUCACAUGCUAGACAGUCAACAGAUGAAACAAUAAAAACAGCACAACAAGUCAGCUCAUUUACAAAAGAAUGUCUUGAAGUUUGCUGGUUCAUGGCGAUCCAAGACCCACCUGUUGUAUUUGCUCCCGAGCUAAGACAAGGUUCAAAAUUCAACACGGACUUGUUCAAACCCUACACCAGUAGUGGAACACACGUCGACUAUGUAGUCUGGCCUGCUCUGCUUUUACACGAAGGUGGCCCAGUACUGGCAAAAGGUGUGGCUCAGGGUAAAGGCAAGAAAUCAACGUAGAAAACGUUAUAAGUACAAACAAUCAGUACAAAAUACCGAUACCAAAUUACAGAAUAUUAUAGUGCAUGCAUAGUGUUUUGCACUAAAACAAACUUGUCACUAUCAAAAUUGAAGACUGCUACUCCUAUAUUAAUCAUAGAUACAAUUAUUGCUAGAACGAAAAGAAAAAAGUGCAUUUGCCCGUCAAAACAAUACACAGAUCUGUAACAAUUAAUCAAACAUCUGGACAUUACACGAAUAAUGUUAUACGAGUUUACAUAUUCUAUAAAGAGCUUUCAUCUCUAGUAAUUAUGCUAGAUUUAUUGAACGGACUUUAAAUUGGUACAUAAUCGGCCAUAUUGGUCAAUAUGCAUGUAAAUUCUACAUAAUUUCCUUGCAUCUUACUAGGUUUUUCAGUAUAACUCGCAUUCUUAUGAUAUGUACUUACGCAGAUAUAUUUUUUUCUAUGUAUUCUUGUUCUUUUCUCUAAUAAUCAGAUAAUUAGUUAAUAGUAAUUAGUUUAUCUUGAUAGUAUAUGCACGCGUCAUUUUAUUUUUUGUAUACUUAGAUUUCAAAUAGCAAGAUGUAUGUUUCUUAUAAUAAUUCUGUUAUACAUCAAGACAUUUUAUUAUUACUCAGCACAGAUGUUUCCCGCAAUGUCUUUGUGUGUCAUGUGCAACAUUCAGACCCCUUACUUCAUGUCAUCAAUCUUUGAGAUCAAAGGUUAACAGUGUCUGUUUGUGGCCUCCCCACAACUCUUCCCUCCAUCAAGGGAUUCUAGUAUUACUUUUGAAUGUGUGUCUAUUGAACAUUUUGUUGUACAUGAAUGCAUAUUGGGCUUGUCGCCAGUAAUAAAUGGCACACCAAUGACUAGACAUAAAUAUAAGAUGUCCUCCGAUGUUAGCAGACAUAUUUUCUCUAUUUAUUUAAAGACGAAAAGGGGAGGUUUUGAAUUAAAAAACAAAAACAAAUCUUAUUUUUCUUUUCGGAGUUGUUAAAUGUAUUUCAUAAACCAGUAGAAAAGAUGAGUGAAUACUUGUUAUUACUAUUAUUAUUAAUGUCGCUUCGUCGUCAUUGUAAAUACGACAUUGUCAAUAAAGUAAUCAAUGUUGUCAUUAUCUGUAUUAUCAGUACUACUCCCGCAUGAUAAUUGAAACGACAAACAUGUUUAUAUUAUCGUUUAGUUAUGGUUGCCAUGCAUCGUUGAACUCAAAAAGGUUGUCAAUGAAAGUUAAUGUUGUCAAUGUUAAGUGCAUACUGUAAUGUUAUACAAAAGUAUUUUCUGUAUGGAAACGAUUUAAUGAAGAAAAAUCAUAAUUAUCCAACAUAUUAUCGUUUGAGUUACCGUGCGGAAUUUAUACUAUUAUUGCUUUUUCCUUCAUAUGGUGUGGGUAAUUGUUAGACGAAUGUAAUGACGUCUUGCUAUUAAAAUGUCUUGUAAUACUAUUUGAUAUGGCUGCUGUCUUCUACACAUGAAUGUGCCAUAUGUAAAACUAAAUUUUAAAUCGUAUAUGCAAUUGUAUGCCUUUGUUGUAUUGCUUAAUAUACUGUGAAAUCAUGUAAUUUCAUGUGUACAAUAUUUCAUGGCUCUGCUCAUAACGUGUAUUUACUUUGGAUACGAAUUUGUGAUUAUUCACUUAACCAAUAUAUAACUUAUCAUGCUUAACGCGUUUGUUUCUGCCUUUGCGACAAGUGCAGAUCAUGAUCAAGCAGCACGGAUCAGCCUGCACAUCCGUGCAGCCCGAUCAUGACCUGCACUGUUCGCCAUUCACUCAGUAUAUUUUUGGUAAGCAUCCCUUUUAACAGUUAAAGGUACUGUCCAAAUUGAAAGAUGGACAAGUUCAUUAUAGAAAUAAUUAUUUAGCAGGAUAAGGGUUAAGGAAUGGGAGCUGUUCUUAUUCGUAUGAAACUAGUUUCUUGUUUUGAUGCAACCACAGAAUCCACGAAAGUUAGUCAUCCAAGGAUAUUAAUGCUUUCUGAGUAAAAUAUAUUCCUUAUUUAGAGACUUUUCUUUGACUUAUUUAUUCAAUGGAAACAAUCAUUUUUAUAUUUUUCAUAUAGUUUUCCUUUCCUGUAAUUUGUUGUUUUCGCACUUUGAUUUUUUAAAACCUGUAUUUGUAAUUUUAUGUUACCUGUAAUAGUCAUAUUGCUCACAGUAUUUAGAUUGCUUUGUUUGAUUUUCACAUAUUUCUUACUUUGAAACACAAAUAUAUCUAUAGACACCGGAUAUUCUUUUCCAUCUACAUGUAUUACUUUAUCAACAUAUUUCACCUUGCAAAUUUCUGUUCAUUUCAAAAUUUUAUAAAGAUUCAGUAUGAUAAUUUUUUGACUGAAAUAACUCUUUUUCAGAUUCAUGAUUAUGUAUAUUUUUGUCUGAUUGGGAAAUGCGAUGCAAACCACACAUUGAUUAAUGCUUGUAUAUUUAGUUAGAGUGCGUACUACAUGUUUAUUUCGUGGAAUUUUCCAGGUUUUACUUUCUAUAAAGCUAUAUACUUCUGAAAUUAUAGUUUGAUGUGUAUAAAA